ACACCCUCUCCACCCUCCCAAUGUCCUGCUGCAGGAUGGAGCAGACAGCUGUAGGCGUCUGUUGAUAUUCCUUGUGCUCCGUCUCUCUUCAGUUUGGUCCUGAAAGCCGGAGCUGCUUCCACUUGCAAAAAUAAAGGGUAAAAACUUCCCCCAACAUGUCUAUCCGGAGGUUUUGGAGCCCCCCAAAAACAGUGGGAGACAUCAAGAUUGUGACAGAGGAGCUGAAGAAUUUUUACUACAAGAGGCUGCUGCCGAUAGAGAAGUAUUAUUCUUUCAGUCACUUUCACUCACCGAGCUACGAGGAUGCAGACUUUGACAGUAAGCCGAUGGUGCUGGUGAUGGGUCAGUACUCUACAGGAAAAACUACAUUUAUCAGGUAUCUCAUAGAGCAGGAUUUUCCUGGCAGCAGGGUUGGACCUGAGCCAACCACUGACUGCUUCACAGCUCUCAUGCACGGAGAAAACACACAAAUCGUUCCUGGGAAUGCCCUGACAGUGGAUCCCAAGAUGCCGUUUCGCAACCUCGACCCAUUUGGGAACUCAUUUCUGAACAGGUUUCAAUGCGUCAAGACCCCAAAUCACGUCCUUGAGAGCAUCAGCAUAAUCGACACACCGGGUAUCUUAACAGCAGCAAAAAAGAAGCUUUGCCGAGGCUAUGACUUUCCAGCAGUGCUGCGCUGGUUUGCAGAGCGAGUGGAUCGGAUCAUCCUGCUGUUUGACGCUCAUAAACUGGACUUCUCUGAUGAGCUCACUCGGGCCUUUGGGGCCCUGUAUGGCUUUGAGGACAAGCUUCGAGUCGUUCUCAAUAAAGCUGACAGGGUGGAUUCUCAGCAGCUCAUGAGGGUGUAUGGCGCCCUCAUGUGGUCACUGGGGAAAGUGUUUCGAACCCCUGAAAUUCUGCGCGUUUAUAUCGGAUCUUUCUGGUCGGAGCCAAGGCAGACGUGUGAUCACUACCAGCUGAUAGAGCUGGAGGAGGAGGAUCUGCUGGCAGACAUAAGGAACCUGCCCCGGAACGCUGCAGUGCGCAAGCUGAACGACCUGGUAAAGAGAGCACGCCUAGUCAGGGCUCAUGCACACAUCAUCAGUUACCUGAAGCAGGAGAUGCCUACAAUCUUUUGCAAAGAGAGCAAGAAGCACAAUCUAAUCUAUCAACUUCCUGUAAUUUUCACCAAGAUCCAGCAGCAGCAUCGAGUCCCAGCUGGUGACUUCCCUGACUGCACAAAGAUGCAGGAGAAACUUUUGGGUCAGGACUUCUCAAAGUUCAAGACACUGAAACCAAGUUUAAUGGCUUCUUUGGACAAACUGCUGACCAGCGACAUAGCCAAACUGGUUCCUUUACUCCAGCCUCAGGUGGAGAGGAAGAAAUCCCUGCCUAGUGUGCUGGAUGGGGAAUUCUUGGGAACAUUCAGGCGGGACCAAUUCAGACGGGAUCCGUUUAAGGACAUCCUCAAAGACGAUGAGGGUAGCGAGACAGAUUUUGAAGAAUGGGUUGUGGAGAAAUACAAGCCCAAAUACGACGAGAUUUUUUACAACCUGAGUCCGCAUGAUGGAAAACUCAGUGGUACCAAAGUCAAGCAGUGGAUGAUGACAACGCUGCUGCCAAACUCUGUGCUUGCUCACAUCUGGAGGCUGGCCGACGUCGAUAAGGAUGGCAUGUUGGACAAUGAGGAGUUUGCACUGGCGGUCCACCUGAUUGAGGGAAAGCUGGAAGGACACUGGCUCCCCAGAGAGCUUCCGUCUCACCUGGUGCCGCCGUCCAAACGGCCAGAUACACCGAGCGAGGCAUCGGCUUAGUCUUUGUAUCAAAACAGGAUGAAAAGUUGCAAACAAACAUUUUGUACAGAACAAACAAGAACUAAACAGGUCAUAAUGGUCUCAAAUGUAUGAUCUAUGUCUACCUGUUUAUGUAUACUCUAUAUUAUUUCAUACAUACAUAACCCUCUCAGGCUCAAAAGAAGUUUUGAUAAAAAGACGAACAACUAAGUCCUUCAGCGGUAAUUCUGAGUUAAAAAAUGCUCAUGAAAUACACAUGUGGAGUAACCAGGUAGGUAGGUUUUAACGUUGCAAAUCUGCAACACCUUCCUCCAGAGGGUUAAAACAGUAAUCAUGUUAAUAUUAAAACCGUUUAAUUGUCAUUCAUACCAUCCAACAUAAUCUGCUUUAAAAAAAAUAACAUUUCAUUAACCUAGAUGGCAAAAGCGGCCAUAUAAUCCUGGAGAGCAGAAGCAAGCUCCAUACAGACGAUGGCACGGUCUGUUGUUGGGGCAACCGCACCUCCUUCUACAGUGAUUUCCAAAAAUAUCCUCUUGGGCAACCUGUUAGAGAGAAAUAUGAGAACGCCUGUCUCCCUUUAAGAAUGAGGCUUCUCAAGAAUCAUCACCCAGUUUUCUAAAACAAUGAAUUCAUUAGCAAAACUUUAAAAUCAAUAAGUCAUCAAAAAUAUUUCUAUAUUUUGUUCAUUUCUUGCUUUUUAUCAAUGUAUUGAUGGUUAAAAUCUUAAAUUUCAAUAAAAGAUUAUUUACUUUUCAAUAAAAAAUACAUAUUUAAAUG